AUGACCACGAACGAUACAUACGAGGCUACUUAUGCCAUUCCCAUGCACUGUGAAAAUUGCGUGAAUGAUAUAAAGGCAUGCCUAAAAAAUGUCCCAGGAAUCAAUUCAUUGAAUUUCGAUAUAGAGCAACAAAUAAUGAGCGUGGAAAGCUCAGUAGCCCCUUCAACCAUCAUCAACACCUUGCGAAACUGUGGUAAAGACGCCAUCAUAAGAGGCGCCGGGAAGCCGAAUUCUUCCGCGGUCGCUAUCUUAGAGACCUUUCAAAAAUAUACUAUAGACCAGAAAAAGGACACCGCCGUGAGGGGCCUAGCAAGAAUCGUUCAGGUUGGAGAGAAUAAGACUCUUUUUGACAUCACUGUAAAUGGCGUCCCAGAGGCGGGAAAUUACCACGCCAGCAUUCACGAGAAAGGCGACGUCUCCAAGGGCGUGGAAUCUACUGGUAAAGUUUGGCACAAGUUCGACGAACCCAUUGAAUGCUUCAACGAGAGUGAUUUGGGCAAGAACUUGUACAGUGGGAAGACCUUUCUGAGCGCUCCCUUGCCAACAUGGCAACUUAUCGGCCGCAGCUUUGUCAUUUCCAAGUCUCUGAACCACCCAGAAAACGAGCCUUCCUCCGUUAAGGACUACUCAUUUCUGGGAGUCAUUGCGAGAAGCGCUGGUGUGUGGGAAAAUAAUAAACAAGUGUGUGCGUGUACCGGAAAGACUGUUUGGGAAGAGAGAAAAGAUGCCUUGGCCAACAACAUCAAAUAG